AUGGCUUCGACUCUUUUCUCCAGAACUUUUCUAGCUGCAAGCCACCGCUUGAUCACUCCGUCUCUUCUCCCUCAAAAGACCCUUAAUCUCGCCUCCUUUCUUACUAGGAGAGGGCUCUUCUCUCAGUUAGGCUCUUACUCUACAGCUUAUAGAUCAGCUCGAGCUAUGGCUUCUGCUGGAAUUGGGGCAAGAGCAGGCUUCUCGACUUCAUCAUCUGUACCAACUAAUGAGCCUGUUGUUUCUGUCGAUUGGCUCCAUUCUAAUCUUAGAGAGCCUGAUUUGAAGGUUUUGGAUGCGUCAUGGUACAUGCCAGAUGAGCAGAGGAAUCCCAUCCAAGAAUAUCAGGUUGCUCAUAUUCCUGGUGCUCUCUUCUUCGAUUUGGAUGGAAUAUCAGAUCGAUCGACAAGUUUGCCACAUAUGUUGCCGUCUGAGGAAGCUUUUGCUGCUGGUUGCUCUGCUCUUGGAAUUGAGAACAAAGAUGGAGUGGUUGUUUAUGAUGCAAAGGGUGUCUUUAGUGCAGCUCGUGUAUGGUGGAUGUUCCGAGUUUUUGGACAUGACAAAGUGUGGGUGCUCGAUGGAGGUCUACCGAGAUGGCGUGCUUCAGGAUAUGAUGUUGAAUCUAGUGCAUCAGGUGAUGCUAUUUUGAAAGCCAGUGCUGCAAGUGAGGCUAUAGAGAAAAUCUAUCAAGGACAUUCCGUGAGUCCAAUAACCUUUCAGACCAAGUUCCAGCCACAUCUAGUGUGGACACUUGAUCAGGUCAAGAACAAUAUGGAGGAUCAAACAUAUCAACACGUAGACGCACGUUCCAAAGCCAGGUUUGAUGGUACGGCUCCAGAACCCCGUAAGGGAAUAAGAAGUGGUCAUAUCCCUGGAAGCAAGUGUGUCCCUUAUCCUCAGUUGUUUGAUUCUGCUUCUCAAACAUUGUUACCAGCAGAAGACCUGAAGAAACGGUUUGAACAAGAAGAGAUCUCAUUGGACAAGCCUAUUAUGGCUUCGUGUGGCACUGGCGUGACAGCUUGCAUCCUGGCAAUGGGGCUUCACCGAGUGGGAAAAACUGAUGUGCCAGUCUACGAUGGCUCGUGGACUGAAUGGGCAACACAACCAGACUUGCCUAUGGAAGGGGAGGAUUCUUCUUCAUGA